UUAAAAUUCUUCAACUUACUUAUCGGCGCUGUACAAAACAAUUUAAAUUUAUUAUAAUUUCGGCUUCUAGAUACUGCAGUACAGAAACAAUCACAUAUUCAUUUUAUUCGACAACGAUUAAUCAUUGUCUAAUUUAAUUCCUCUUAAUUUAGUGAAAAUUGUGUAAUGUUAAACUGACCUCUACAUCUAAAAAACAAGGACAAUGCUAUCAAAAAAACGAAUAAUCCUAACAAGAUUACAUGCUAAUGUUCGGUUAAAAUAUCGGUCCUUCACAACUCCCCCAAGUGUAGCCGAUAUUGAAGUGCCUUUUUCUAAUAGCAAUAACUUAAAGUUAUCAACGGGUCGCUAUGCCAGAUUUGCUGAUGGGUCAAGCAUUGCCACGCUGGGCAACACCAGCGUGCUGUCCACGGUGGUUUCGAAGGCCAAGGCUGGCCCCAGCUCGUUCCUUCCACUCACCGUGGACUACAGACAGAAAGCGGCAGCCGCUGGACGGAUACCCACUAAUUUCUUAAGAAGAGAACUUGGCCCAACUGAAAAGGAGAUCUUAACUUCAAGACUGAUAGACCGCUCACUUCGCCCCCUGUUUCCUAAGAACUACAACUAUGAGACCCAGAUAGUAUGUACAAUGCUGGCAGUAGACUCAGUAAACUCUCCAGAGACUGUAGCUAUUAAUGCAGCGAGCACUGCCCUAGCUCUGUCCGAUGUGCCAUGGAACGGACCAGUAGGAGCAGUCAGAAUAGGCCAAAUAGACAACGAGAUAAUUGUGAACCCAACCCGCAAGGACAUGGAGAAGUCGGAGCUGAACCUUGUGGUGACCGCGGCAGCCAGCAACCUGGUGGUCAUGCUGGAAGGCAGCGCUAAUAACAUUCUACAACAGGACCUACUGAAAGCCAUCAAACUAGGUACAAAAGAAGCACAGAACAUAGUCCGCUCCAUAGAGAAGUUAGCCAAGGAACACGGGCGGCUGAAGCGCGAGUACGAGGCGCCGGCGCCGCUUGACCCGGCUGUCGUGGAGAGCAUACGGACACUGUCUUCCAUGAAGAUUAGGGAGAUAUUGAGUGACUACUCUCACGACAAGACCUCCCGAGACAACGCUCUCUCAGCCCUCCGCGCGACAGUGCUCAACCAACUACGUGACACUAAUGUCGAAGUGUCGGUGCUGUCGGACACCUUCACUGACAACCUGCAGCAGAUAUUCAGAGACUGCAUCUUUGACGGGACGCGGUGCGAUGGGAGGGAUGAGUGUCAGCUGAGGGAUAUUAGUUGUGAGGUAGGCCUCUACGAGCCCCUCCACGGCUCGGCGCUGUUCCAGCGCGGGCAGACGCAAGUGCUCAGCACCGUCACCUUCGACUCUCCGGAGAGUGCGCUCAAGAUGGACCCUUUGACUAUGCUUACUAGCGGCCUAAAAGAGAAGAACUUCUUCCUCCACUACGAGUUCCCGCCCUACGCCACGGGCGAGGUGGGGCGGGGCGGGGGCGGCGCGGGGCGGCGGGAGGCGGGGCACGGCGCGCUGGCGGAGCGCGGCCUGCUGCCCGCCGUGCCCGCGCAGCCGCUCACUGUGAGGGUCACUGCGCAGGUGCUGGAGUCUAAUGGUUCAAGCUCAAUGGCAUCAGUAUGUGCCGGCUCCCUGGCUCUCUACGACGCGGGGGUGCCCUUGUCCGCGCCGGCCGCCGGGGUCGCCGUCGGGCUGGUCACGAGAUACGACGACGCGGGACACAUAGCCGACUACAGGAUACUCACUGAUCUGCUGGGCAUAGAAGAUUACUUUGGCGACAUGGACUUUAAAAUAGCGGGUACUAAGAAGGGCAUCACAGCGUUCCAAGCAGACAUCAAGAUACCGGGGCUUCCCCUCAAGAUCGUCAUGGAAUCUAUACAAAGAGGUUGCGAAGCGAAGAGUAAAAUUAUAGAUAUUAUGAACCAAUGUAUAGACAAGCCAAGACAAGGUCGUAAAGAAAAUAUGCCGGUAUUAGAAGAAAUGGAAGUAGAAAUACACAAGAGGCCUAAACUGUUAGGUCUUGGAGGAUCCAACCUGAAGAAGCUUUACAUAGAAACUGGUGUACAGAUAACCCCAAUAGACGAGACAAAAUACAGCGUGUUCGCACCAUCACAAGCCGCCAUGGACGAGGCUAAAGCUCGCAUCGACACGUGGCUGUCCACCGAACGCACGCCAGACCUGGAGUUUGGAGCCGUGUACAAAGCUAAAGUAGUUGAAAUGAGGGACAUAGGAGUGCUGGUCACGCUGUACCCCGGCAUGAGUCCUACUCUGCUGCAUAACUCGCAGUUGGACCAUCGGAAGAUAAUGCACCCGUCAGCGCUAGGCCUGGACGUCGGCUCAGAGAUCCAGGUCAAAUACUUCGGUCGCGACCCCGUGUCGGGUCAAAUCAGACUGUCUAGGAAAGUUCUAGUGUCCCCACCACCCGGACUUGUAAGAAAACUAGACAAAAGCUAGUGUUAGGAAUAAAAUUUUAAAAGAGUUUUAUUAUUGUGUUGAUUUGAGAAAGAAAGGACAAAUUGUUAAGUAUAGAUGGCGCCACGGGUAAUGAAGAUCGUCUGUGAUUACGUGUGCUGUCAGUUUGGUUAUCCCUUCUCUGAUUGGCUGAGACAGUGAUAGUGCGGCGUAUGAUUGGUCAGUUGUUUCCUUUGUUCCGUGAAGCAUGUUUGUUUUUGUUAUAUUGUUUAUGUUGAGAUACAUUGUUUUAAUCGAUGGUACGAAUUUGAUAACUUUCGUAUAAGACUGUCAACAGUCUUCGAAAAAACCUAUUACAUAAUUGUGUAUGUAUGUAUGUACUUACUGUGCGUGUGGUAUAUUUUGGUGAAACCAAAAAUUCUUGUGAAUAUGAUGUAAAUAUAAAUACAUAAUUACUAUUACCUGAAUAUAUUCUAAUGUUUUAUUUACUAUUUCUUGAGGAAGGUUUAAAUAAAAACAAGAAUUAUCGUUUUAAUUGUAUAUUGAAAGAGAUUUCUGUACAAUUUACAGAGUAUCGUAUCACAAAAGGACGUUUGUCGAAGGCACUUAAUUACACCUAAUUACCAACUCGCUGGGCUAAUAUUACGCGCCCAACGAGAAAACUUAACAUAAUAAUAUACCUUUAAUACGUACAUUCAAACAAAGUAAUUGUCAAAAAAUAAAGGAAUCAAGUAACAAUACUUCUAACAUUAAACGAUUAAAUACGUAAAAGUCAUUAAAAAACAUAGCGAUAAAAGUAACUUCAAGUUUCACUCAACACUGCAGUCUUUGAUAUUUAUUGUGACUACCAGCAUUUAACAUUAAAUAUAUCAAUUAUAUAACAUUCAUAUAAUAGACACUUCUCUUAUCAUUAUGUACAAUUAUAUUCGAUCAAGAGCGCUCUGCGCAGAGCGAAAUAACACCUAAACCGUGCGACAUAGGAAAGGAAAUACAAUGGCAAUAGAUUCACUACUAUCCUCUU